ACUUGUCCGCUUCUACUCUACACAUUCUUUUCAUCGAAAGGUUUACUCUGCUUGUUUUUAUCUUUUUGUCGAGGCUCAAAGCGUGUGUCCAAGUUCAUGACUGUGACAUGGCGAUGUCGUUGGGAUUCGCCAGUGUGUUCACUCCGAUCAAUGGGUCGUCUUCGGUCGUCGAUGGCGUCGAAAAGAAGCCUACAGACCUACUGAAUGGGCACAAAGAGCUUGACCGACGGCAGGAAAACCGACGAGAAGAGCGAAUAGAAGAGCAGGGACAACAACGGCAAGCACAACAACGAGAACAAGGGCCGCAACCAGGUCAUCAGAGUACACAAGAGUCUGGUCCCAGUCCGGACAAGAACAUGCCUUAUGAGAGCCCUCCGAUCAACCAACGAUCAGCACGCUCAGCACGCUCAAGACGAAUCUACUCCAAAGCCGACCGUCAACUGGAAGCACUGAGAAAGCGCGUCGCCUGGAACAUCGACGUCGCUUAUCGAGGCACCGGCGAUUUACAAACGAAGUACGAACCGAACGGCAGUUCGUUAAACGUUGGACAGGAGGAAUGGGAUGCCCUGUGGGUCAUACAGGACCAUAUCGAGGCAUGGAGGGUUGUGAAUAGCGAUCCGGAAUCUUCAUUACAGGCGAGAAAAGCUGCUCUGAACGUCGUUCUCAAGGAUCGAAUUUGGUUUUGGAAUAAGACUCCGGAGCCUGGGUCGAAGGCUGUUGUCGAGAAUGAAGGCAAUGACCAAGCGUCUAAUAGCAGCGAGUCGUUGGAGAACAGGAAAGCUCGAAAGAAGCUUGACUUGUCCGUUGAUCCGAUGGGUACUUCAGAUGCCAAGGCACAAGCUAUCGAUGACGACGACGUUCCUUUGGCGAGUCUACUGCCGAAAAAGAGGAAGAUGCUGACUUUCAGGCACUUUCCGGACGCCUCUUGCAGAAACGACUUCGAGUCUGGUCAUGUCGCGCCCAAGCCAAGUAGCACAAGUCAUAUCGUCUCCGAUGGUCACAAACACAGAAAGAUUGUCCGGAAAGACAAUGAUCGAUCCGCCAGAUCGGACCAUACUACUGUGACCAAAUCAACUCUGGUUAUCAAGCCGCAAUCUUCAUCCUCGGCACCAGUGGCUUCUAAUCCCAGGCACAGUCCUACAGCGUCGCGCGCAGUUCCGAGCAGGAGACCUCCUUCGCUCGCCAACACCAGUGCAAUGUCUAACAAAGACAUCGAUUGCGAUGACAACAUUGCCCUCACGCCUCGUUGGCCUCAGAUCCAAAACCAAGGAAUGGCUAGCCGAUCGAAUUUCUCCGCAGUCACCAUGGAGAGCGUUCGAAACUGUGUUCAAGAGCCACUUAUCCUUUCUCCGCAAAGCCACACUACUAAUAUCUUCAAACGCGAACCGCUUCCUACACCACUGCCGACUGAUUCUGAAACGACAGGGCACGAAAGUACCCACCCACCCUAUAAUCAUCAGAGAUUUGACUACGGAAACAUGCCUCUCCCUGCAAGAGACGCCGUACAAUCUCAAAAGUGUCCCGACCUGUGGAACGCUUUUACGCCCGUCAUUCUACCAGAGGAGCCUUCUUGCAUCUCGUAUCCAGUUUUAGCGCCGCACAAUCACGAAACAAUCACUAUAUCUGACAAUGGCUGCGACGAAAUACACGUCUCCACAACCAACGAUAGCGCAGACAUGACCAACAAUUCAUCGUUACAUUCGACCAACCAUCCACAAUCGCGGCAACAUGAAACCUCCUACCAUCAUCGCUCUGACUCGAGAGAAGCAACGAUCAGACGUAUCCAUUUGCUGCAGCAGCAAGCCGCAGUGGAACUGACACAAAUUAAAUUACAACUUGCGCUGGACGAGCUACAGGCGUCCAAUCUGUGAGUCAUCGAGAAGAAAUUCGCCCAAUGGAGACGGGCACGAGGCCCUCUGGUUUGAGGUACAUGCUGCAGGCAAGUGGACGUUCCUUCCUUCGUUAGAUAUUCUGAAACGAAUGCCAACACACCACCUUCCGAUAAUUUCUAUUGUCUUCUAUGCAAAGGCACGUGGAGAGCGAUGCACGGUUUGUCAUCCAUCCAUCCACGAUCGAUGGAAAAUGAAGGUCCUAGGUCAUCGAAGAAAAUUUGUUAGGUCGAGAUACGGGAGAGGUCUAUCAGAUUGGGCAACAUCCAUCUUGUACCGGGACAAUUCUCCCUCGAAUCGAUACUGGU